GCACGUUUAAGUAUCAAAGAUCAUCUCAAACCUCCUUUACCUGUCUGAUUUUAUCAACAAAAACCCUUUUAACUUUCAAAUUUUAUUAGUAAAUCCAUCUAAAUUAGGGAAGUUAGGGAGUUCUGCUACAAGAGACCACCAGCAUACGAAGCGGUACAUGUGGCAGUACAACGAUGGCUGAUCUCUCUCUCUCUCUCCCGCUCUGCCCACAAAUAGUAACAAACCCAACUUCUUCAAACUCUUAUGAACCAAGAAAGUUGAUCGAGAUCGAUCGAUCUCCUCUAGUUUUUUUCUCAAACCCUAUGCACAUCAAGGGGGCGGCAAUGUCUAUCCAAUAUCUUGAUUGAAUUGCUUGUUCACUGAGGAGUGUCUCCCUUUGCAAUAGAUUUUCUUUUGUGGGAAGCAUUUGACAGUAUAAGUUUCUUUUCUUCGUAAUGGCGCACCAAGCUGGAUCUCAUUCAAAAAUUCCAAACUGUGAUGCUUACUUCGAGACUAUCCAGUCUAAGAAAAAGUUAGAAUAUUCCUUACAACAGUCUUUAACUUCAGCAUUUGCACACAUUCCGGCUUCGUCUUUCCCACAAGUUCCAGGAGGAAAAGUGGUUGAAAUUUCAUCUGACACAACAGUUGUUGACGCAAUAGGAAUUUUAUCUGAGCACAAUAUAAUGUCUGCUCCCGUGAGAAAAGCGGAUGCAGCACAUACUAUCGAUUGGAGGGGAAAAUAUCUGGGUAUUAUAGAUUACUCAGCAAUCGUGCUGUGGGUGCUAGAGAAUGCAGAGCUUGCUGGUUUUGCUUUAUCAGCGGGCUCAGUAGCAGUUGCUGGGGUUGGAGCCGGUGCUCUCGGUGCUCUUGGUGUUGGAGCUGUGGCUUUAGGUGCAGGUCCAGUUGCAGCUGCUGGGCUGGCUGUUGCUGCUGUUAGUGCUGCUGUUGCUGGUGGAUUGGCUGCAGAAAAUGACUUGAAUAAAGAUGCUCCCCGUGUUGCAGAUGAUCUCGGGGAGGAUUUCUAUAAAGUUCUUGUUGAAAAAGAACCUUUCAAGUCAACGAAAGUGGGGUCAGUUGUUACGCCAUACAGGUGGGCCCCUUUUGUGCCUGUGGGAGUGGAUAGUUCCAUGCUUACUGUUCUAUUGCUUCUGUCAAAAUACAGAUUGAGAAAUGUUCCAGUUAUUGAAGCAGGAAAGCCUUAUAUAAGGAAUCUUAUUACGCAGUCAGCUGUUGUUCAAGGUUUAAUGCGAUGCAGGGGAAGUGAGUGGUUCGAUUGCAUUGCAUCCCGUCGUCUUCCAGAUUUGGGCCUUCCUUUCAUGUCAAAUGAUAAGGUUAUAAAUGUCAAUAGCGAUGAGUUGAUCCUGGAAGCUUUCAAGCUCAUGAAAGAAAAUCAAAUAGGUGGCCUUCCAGUUACAGAAGGUCCUACCAGAAAGAUUGUCGGAAAUGUGAGCAUGCGUGAUAUCAGAUUCCUGUUGCUCAAGCCUGAACUUUUCUCUAAUUUCAGCCAGCUCACCGUGCUUGAGUUCUUAAAGGCCAUAGGCCCGACGAAUCCAAUAUCAGGGAGCAAAUAUAUGGCACCCCCAAUAACAUGUUCAACUGAUGCUUGCCUUGAGAGCGUGAUAGAGAGCUUGGCGAUCAAAAUGGUUCACCGGAUCUAUGUUGUAGAUGGCAACAUGAGCGUUAUCGGUGUCGUAACUCUCAGAGAUGUGAUAUCCUGCUUCAUUUAUGAACCCCCUGACCAUUUCGAUAACUAUCUUGGGUUCGCGAUUGAGGAGAUGCUGAACUCAAGUUGACAUUCUUUCAGUGUUCUAGAACUUUUGUUUUUGAUCAUAAACGUUGCUUAUUUAUGUUUGCAUGUUUCAAGCUAAGGUAUUUCUGAUGUUUAUUGAACCUGUCUAUGAGGUUUUUGUAGAUCUUAGUUGUCAAAAUCAGUUGCUUUGCUUAGUUAUUUUGAGUUGUGGAUGAAUGUAAGAAAGGGCAUGAAUGUCUGUACAUCUUUCAGCAUGCUGUUGAUGCUUAAUGAUUUUGUUU